UGGGGCUGGUAUUUUGCAAGAAUGGCAUCUAAAAACUAUCAACCAGUGAAAAGAUAUGGACACUCCACAAUAAAGAUAGGAGACUACCUAUAUAUGUGGGGUGGGUUUGGGUCUGGAGUACACUAUGAUGUGAUGGAGGUGUAUCACUUACCAACUGGUGCUUGGGCCCAGAAACCUACUACUGGUACCCCACCACCAGGUAACUUUGGCUACUCAUCUGUUGCAAUAUGGAAGGACAUAUAUUAUUUUGGUGGAUAUGGUGAUGGUUAUGAAAACAGCUUACAUUCUUUCAAUGUGGAUUCAUUCAAGUGGAGGGAACUCUCUCCUUCUAGUUUUGAUCAUGGUCCAAUGAAGAAGAGCCACAGUGGAUUGGCAUCAGCUCAUUUUGAUGGUGAAGACUAUCUUGUACUAAUUGGAGGACUGGGAUCAUCCUCUACACAUAAGCAACCUAAUGCUCAGUAUGAAGAUUCUUAUGGUAAUUUGAGAUGUAAUGAGAUACAUUAUUACAGGAUUUCAUCAGGUCUGUAAUUCUCAUCAUUGGUACACAAUAGUUGAUCAGUGUUUCAAAAUGAAUAAUUUAUAUUAAUGUACAUAAUACAGAUUAGUGUGUUUGCUAGUGUGUCUCUGUGUGUCAUGUGUUUGUGUGUGAUGGUGACGUGUGUCUAUAUGUGACAUGUGUGUACUAAUUAUGAUAUGUCUGUGUAUGAUAGUGCAUAUAAUAUAUGUGAGAAUUUAUGAAUGUAUAACGUGUGCAUAUGACUUGUAUCAAUAAUGUGCAUAUUAUGUGUGUGUGAGUAUUAUCAUGUAUCUGUGUGUGUGUGUGUGUGUGAUAUUUGUAUACCGUAUGUACAAUCUAUGCAUAAGCUAAUGUGACAUAAGUGUGUGUGUGUAUAGGUUCAUCUUAUUUAUUAUCAUUUUUAAUGAAGUUCUGUAACACAUGAGUCACAAAUUACCCACUUAUAAUGUUCCAUCAGUUGUGUAUAAUUAUUCAGGACCCCCGUUCACCUCUCCUUCAUGUGUGCAGGUGUGGUGUGUGUGAUGGUGUGUGUAUCCCUAUAUGACUGUAUCUGUGUGUGUGUGUGUGUGUGCAUGACACUUCUGUGUAUCAUGUAAUAGUGAUGUGUAUUUAUGCAUGAUGUGUAUGUAUAAAUAAUAAUGUACACACAUAUACACAUACAUAAAUGUAUGUAUGAUGAACGUGUAUAAAUAUUAUGUUAUAACACCCCAGCGAGGGAUAUAUCACAUUUAUCUGCACUAAGCCUGAGGGCCCAAGGGCGAGGUGCAUGCUGAAAUGAAUAACAUUAUAACAAAUAUUAUAACGGUGUUAUAACAAAUUUAAGUCCUUGCCUAUAAGCCAAACUUCACAUACUGCACAUGUGCAAAAGCUACCACAUGCUACGUACCAUGCGGGAUACGAAGGACUAAAGGAGGAGAUGGCUAUAGUGAUGUCAAUGAAUAUGCUCUGAAAAAGAGAAGGAUUAACUUGUCACUUAACAGAAAGAAGGACGCGAAAGAAAACACCAUCUUGGCCAUUUUGCUAUACAACUACUUUUGCAGAGUUGAAAUCAUUGAGCGUCCAUAAUAUGACAGAGAAUUUGACCAGAAGCAGUAAAUGGGCCAGAAAUAAUUUAAAAGAGUGGUGGGAUGAUUAAAAUGAGAGGAAUACUAUUUCAAAUUUUAUGGUACUAUUUCAAAUUAUAUUUUUCUUGUCAAAUUCUACUACUUCAAAGUCUAUUUCAAAGUUCUAUU